CCACGGAUCCGCGUGAUCACUGACGCGUCCUUUCAGUUGCAACGCGACAUAUACGAGUACUACCACCAUGUCUUCCUCCACGUCGACUUCGAAGCCUAAAACGGAAGGAAAAGCUCCGUCAAAGUCAGAAGAGAAACAAGAAGCCCGUCCUCACCUAGGUGUUUUAGAAGAAGACGAUGAAUUCGAAGAGUUCCCUGCUGCAGACUGGGAUGACUCACAAACUGACAUGGGAGCACUAGUCGGAGGUAGUCAAGCACCAGGAGCUGCCAAGUCAGGUGCAGACAAACUUUGGGAGGACAAUUGGGAUGAUGAUGACAUCGAGGAGGAUUUUAGCGUGCAGUUGAGACAAGAGCUUGCGAAAACGGGAAAGGGCUCAGAUGCCAUGGAAAGCUAAUCGUUUCGUUCAACUUGUAUCAUCAUGCCGACUCACUUACGACGCAAUAAUACCUUCGAGACCAAUACCUCGACAAUAAAGCGCUAGACCCUAAAAGAUCAAUUCGAUUGUGUACGCGAAGAAUAUUGUCAGCUGCUAAUUGAGUAUACUCAAC